AUGCGAAAUAUAUUUAAAAAAAAUGAUGAUAUAGAAUUAAAUUCACCAGAAAAAACAAAAAAACCCUCCUUUUUCUCCAAAUUAAUGUUAAAAAUAAAAAACGAUACUGGAGAACCUGGCAGUCAGUUAAGUGGAAAAGGCAAUGCAACUUUUUAUGAUCCGAAUGUUGCAAUUAGUGCAUGUGGACAGCAACAUUACGAUAACGAAUUAAUUGGAGCAAUGAAUAAAGAACAAUAUGGUAAUUUUGCUAAUUCUGAUGAAUCACCAGUUGAAAAUCGUUGA